GUUACCUACAUCUUCUUUGUAAAUCGCUAUAACGCACUGUUAGGCGCUAUUGGAAGUAUCGUUUUCAAUGGUUUUGGAGAAACACAUUCAAGGUGUAUUAGCUCAUUCUGGAUUGUUGCAAUCAGCAAUUGGCUUACGCUUGUCUUGAUCGACUGUGAGGAAUAUUGCACAUUCUUAACUGCCAUGAUUUAUAUUGUUCGUGCUCAAUUGACAGAUAUUCUCCUUAUGCGGGUCGUUGCUCUGUAUUCUCAAAACAGGACUCUGGAUAGGUGGUUGAAGUUUAUCCUUUUUUCGCAAGCCGCUGCGUCGCUUGGUGUUCUCUUAUAUUACACAUAUUUGGAAAAAGUAACUUCCAGGACUCUGACAGAGGGUAUAACGAUAUGUGCUUUGAGUAUCAGACCACCGUUUGAGUUAGUAAUUGCAUGGCUGUUACCUAUGGCGAAUGGGCUUCUUCUACUUUACCUGUCUGUCCGAAAGGCGGCAUAUAUCCGAAGACGAACAACUUUCAAGGGACUUCGACUUGUCAAGGUUAUUAUUCAAGAUCAAGUUAUAUAUUAUUGCUUCUACAUUGCAGUUGCUGUUUUCAAAAUAGCUUACAUCACCACUAAUAAUCCACAGGCUGCAAUUAUUUUGUUUUCGAUAGGGAAUCCUGUACUUUUGUGCAUUCUUGGGGAUCAGCUGCUGUUCAAUUUGAAGGAAGCUGGAAGAGGUGUAGUAGUUGUCGAGUCUAGUUACAUGACUUCGGAAGGAUAUAGUGAAGAUGUUGAACUUACGCAGUUUUCUUCGUAUCGCGACCAUCGAGUAGCCUGA